AUGGAGCAGCUGAGGAGUGCCCUGCGAGCGUGGCAUGAGCGGCAGAAUCCAGAAGAGGCGGAGCCACGGUGGUACGGCGGCGUGUCGGCGCAGCGCAACGGAGCCAAAAGGGACGAUAGUCGGAGCUGCGGCGGUCGCGGGCCCGUGCACUGGAGGAGCCUGUCGGAGGAAGCCACGGAAAAGGAAGAAAUCUGCCCCAGGACACUGGACGUGGAUAUGAUGACAAAGUUUUACCAGCAUUGCCUUGCCUUGGCAUUUGCUGUAGAUGAAAUCAACAAGAAUCCAAAGAUUUUGCCUAAUAUCACUCUCGGGUUCCGCAUCUUGGAUAGCUACUAUGAUGCAAAGAUGACCUAUCAUACCACCCUGGACCUGUUCUUCAGAGCACAUAGAUUUGUCCCCAACUACAAAUGCAAGACCCAGGACAAAAUAAUAGCAAUCAUCGGGGGACUCAGCUCUGAGAUAUCUUACCGUGUGGCUGACAUUUUAAGUCUCUACAAGAUUCCACAGGUCACGUAUGGAUCAUUUGCCCCAGAGGAUGAGGGUACAACACAUUUUCCUUCCUUUUUCCGCAUGGCCCCAAAUGAAGCACAUCAGUAUACGGGGAUUAUUCAGUUGCUUCUCCAUUUUGAGUGGACAUGGGUUGGGCUUUUAGCUGUGGAUGAUGAGAGUGGAGAACAUUUCUUGAAGACCCUGGAGCCACUGCUUUCCAGAAAUGGAAUCUGUUUGGCUCUCACAGGAAGAAUUCCUAACCGUGCAGAUUGGAAUACCUUGGCAGACUACAAUGAUUUAUUGUCAAAUAUGUACCUACCAUUCAUGGAAAGAAAAGCCAGGACAUUUAUCCUUUAUGGAGAAUCUAGGACUCUUGUAAGGAUGAUCUUUCUGAUGUACCUAGGAGACCCUGGGUAUACGUAUAAUACAUCACUUAAACGUGUUUGGAUUAUUACUGCCCAGGUUGAUUUCACAAUAACAGGAGGUCAAAGAAGUUGUGGUUUCCAGUUCUUCCAUGGUGCCAUUUCCUUUACGAUUCAUUCACAUGAACUUCAAGGGUUCCAGAAAUUUCUUCAGAUUUUGAAACCUUGUUAUACACCAGAAGAUGGUUUUCUCAAGGAAUUCUGGGAGCUAGCUUUUGACUGUUUGUGUCCAGAUCCUAGAGUACCAGUGGAUGUCAGUGAUGCAUGUACUGGGGAGGAGAAGCUAGAGAGCCUCCCAGAGCCUUUUUUUGAAAGGCACAUCACUGGUCACAGCUAUAGCAUUUACAACGCAGUCUAUGCCAUAGCACAUGCUUUGAAUGCCAUGCGCUCCUCAAGAUCCAAUCUCAGAGCAAUGGGGGACAAUAAAAAAAUUGAAUUUCAAGAUUUCCAGCCCUGGCAGCUCCACCGGUUUCUUCAAGGCAUUUCAUUUAAUAACUCAGCUGGAGGACAUGUGUCUUUUAAUGGUAACAUGGAAGUGGAAUCUGGGUUUGAUCUAAUGAAUCUGGUCACAUUCCAAAACAAAUCUUUCCUUCGAGUGAAAGUUGGACGUUUAGAUCUUGAUUCUUUGGAAGGCAGCAAAUUAGUUAUUCACGAGGAUCUAAUUGUAUGGCAAAGACCUUUUAACCAGGUGCUGCCUGUUUCGGUAUGUAGUGAUUACUGCCCUCCUGGUUAUCAGAGGAAAAAGAAGGAAGGGGAGAAAUUUUGCUGCUAUGAUUGUGCUCUUUGCCCAGAAGGGAAGAUCUCAGACCAAAAGGGCAUGGAUGACUGUUUCAAAUGCCCAGAAGAUCAAUAUCCAAGCAAGGAUCAAGAUCAAUGUAUUCCCAAGAGAAUAAGCUUUCUAUCUUAUGGAGAACCUCUAGGGAUUAGUUUAGCUUUGGUAGCAGCUUAUUUCUCCACCAUCACAACUUUUGUACUAGGAACUUUUAUUAAGCACAAAGCUACACCGGUAGUCAAAGCCAACAACAGGGAUAUCACCUAUAUUCUGCUCAUCUCCCUUCUCCUCUGCUUCCUCUCCUGUUUCCUGUUUCUAGGACAACCAAGGGAGGUGACCUGCUUCCUCCGACAAUCUUGCUUUGGCAUUAUCUUCUCAGUGGCCGUUUCUUGUGUCUUGGCCAAAACUGUCACUGUAGUUGUUGCUUUCAUGGCCACCAAACCAGGGUCCAGUAUGAGGAAGUGGCUGGGGAAAAGACUGACCAACUCCAUUGUCUUAUCUUGCUCACUUAUUCAAGCAGGCAUUUGUACAGUAUGGCUAGGAAUCUUCCCUCCUUUCCCUCAGUUGGACACACAGUCCUUGAAUGAAGAGAUCAUUGCAGAAUGUAAUGAAGGGUCUGUGACCAUGUUUUAUAUGGUCCUGGGCUACAUAGGACUUUUAUCUCUGAUAAGCUUGACUGUGGCUUUCCUAGCCCGGAAGUUGCCAGACAGUUUUAAUGAGGCUAAAUUCAUCACCUUCAGCAUGCUGGUCUUUUGUAGUGUCUGGGUGUCUUUUUUCCCCACUUACGUGAGCACCAAAGGGAAAUAUAUGGUGGCAGUGGAGAUCUUCUCUAUCCUAGCCUCCAGCGCUGGGUUACUGGGCUGUAUCUUUACCCCAAAAUGUUACAUUAUUCUUCUGAAACCUGAGCUAAACCAGAGAGAGCAAUUAUUUGGAAGAAAUAAUUAA